AUACCAUUCGCACAGCCACCAGUCGGAGAUCUAAGAUUCGAGGCUCCUCAACCAGUCCAAAAAUGGUCAGGCGUUUUGAACGCUAAAGAGAAAAAACCAAGCUGCGUUCAGGUGAUGAUGAUGACGAGGGUGAUGAUGAAGAACGAGGAUUGUCUCUAUCUCAACAUCUUCACACCGUACAAAUCUGAUGCAACGAAAAAGUACCCAGUUUUGUUUUACAUUCACGGAGGCAGUUACAGAAGUGGGUCGGGUCAUAUUUACAACGGGAAGGUCGUCUCGAUGAUGGGAGUUGUUGUGGUCACGAUCAACUACAGAUUGGACGUUUUUGGUUUCCUGACGGCAGCUGACAACAUCCUGCCGGGAAACUACGGCUUGCGUGACGUAGUGAUGGCACUCAACUGGGUGCACGACAACAUUGCAUCGUUUCGUGGGGACGCCAGUAGAAUCACCCUGGUUGGACACAGUGUGGGGUCAGCUCUGGUGGGUAUUCUUAUGACGCUGCCCUCAACUCGAGGUCUGAGUUUUUUUUAA